AUGACGUUUCAUUCCUUUCUACAGAGAUGCAAUCUGGAUAUUCCAGCUCUUGAGGGGCUGACACAACCUGGAGAUAUCAUGAUAGGAUUUUUGAUGCCUGUCUUUUUGGAUAAAGUAUAUCAAAGAAUUUCCUUUACACAGAGACCUCCCAGCAUCAAAUGUGAUGUUCAAUACUCUCUCCUUUUGGUUCUUAGCAGUAAUAUGACGUUUCAUUCCUUUCUACAGAGAUGCAAUCUGGAUAUUCCAGCUCUUGAGGGGCUGACACAACCUGGAGAUAUCAUGAUAGGAUUUUUGAUGCCUGUCUUUUUGGAUAAAGUAUAUCAAAGAAUUUCCUUUACACAGAGACCUCCCAGCAUCAAAUGUGAUCUAUUCAGGUUUGAUUACUACCAACAAUUCCUAGCCAUGAAGUUUGCUGUAAAAGAGAUUAACAUGGAUCCCAGUGUUCUUGGCAACAGGACAUUAGGGUUGCAGGUGUAUAAGACGUGUAAUGUGCCUCACUAUGAAGUACACGGAGCCUUACACCUAUUAUCUGAGUCCAACACGGCCAUCCCCAACUACAGGUGUCUUUGGAAAUCAACCUACAGUGCGGUUAUAGGAUCUUUCUUAUCCACAAACUCAAUCAUAACUGCAAAUAUUUUGGGGAUCUUCAGAUACCCUCAGAUCAGUGCAGGAUCAAGUAUCUCUCUCCUAAGUAAUAAAAUAAUGUUUCCAUCCUUUGCCAGGACUGUUCCCAGCGAUAAGGAACAGUCUAUGGGACUGGCUAAGCUUAUUCUGCACUUUGGUUGGACAUGGGUCGGUCUGUUGGCUGUGGACAAUGAUUAUGGCCUACAGGGAAUUCAGCCAAUCAAGAAAGAGAUAAUAAAAGCUGGCGCAUGUGUGGCCUUCACUGAAUAUAUCCGUCUAUCUCAACCAGACCGCAACGCCCCCCACAUAGUCAAAGUCAUUCAAGAAUCAUCAGUUAUGGUUGUAAUUAUGUUCUCUGCUGAUAUUGAUUUGGUUCCUAUCAUGAGUGAGAUGUUGAAACAGAAAAUCAAAGGGAAGAUUUUUGUCUCCAAUGCUGCUUGGUCAAUGUCUAAUUUGUUCUCAGCUGGAAUCUUUUCCCCAAUAUUAUCAGGGUCUAUUGGUUUUUUUAUCAACAACAGAGUGAUUCCAGGAUUCAGCGCCUACCUCAAUGACGUCCAACCAACUAUGGUAGGGUCGUGGGUGAACUUAUAUUGGGAGAAACUUUUCAAUUGCAAGUUUUUGUAUCUGAAAAAUAUAACCGGAUCUGUGGAUCCAACAGUGACAGAGUGCACAGGAGCAGAGAGUAUAGACAGCAUCAAGAACAGCUUCAUGUACAUCAACAGCUUAAAGUAUACUCAUGGUUUCUAUGCUGCUGUCCGUGUUGUGGCCAAAGCUUUGGAAGACCUGAAAAACUGCAUAUUAAGAGAUGGAACAUUUCCAUAUAUCAGUUGUAAAGACAUUUUGAAUUUUAAACCAUGGCAGCUCCUGCACUACAUAAGGAAUGUGAGGGUUACACUGAGCAGCGGAAUCAACUUUUAUUUUGAUGCUAAUGGAGACAUCCCUGCAGUCUAUGACAUUGUGAACUGGCAGAUGACCCAAGAAGGGACUAUGCGACCGGUCAUGGUCGGCAGUUAUCACACUGUAACGUCUUCUUGCCAAAUUUUCAACAUCAACUCAAGUCAGUUAUUGUGGUCUAUGGGGGGAAAAGAGAUCCCUCGCUCAGUCUGCAGUGAGAGCUGUCCACCAGGUACCAGGAAGGCGGCUAUCAGAGGACAACCUGUGUGCUGUUUUGAAUGUGUCCCCUGUCUACAAGGAGAAAUAUCUAACCAGACAGAUUCAGUUGAUUGCCUGAAGUGUCCGUGGAACCAGUGGCCGAAUCUCCAGAAAACCAAAUGUCUACAGAAGACUAUAGAGUACCUGCACUAUGAGGAACCAUUAGGUGCAGCAUUGGCAGGAACAAGCAUACUGUCCUCACCCAUUCCUGUUUUAAUAUUAAGUCUAUUCAUCCGUUAUAAGGAUACACCCAUAGUGAAAGCUAACAAUUAUUCCCUGAGCUGCCUUCUUCUGGGGUCCCUGUCAUUGUGUUUCCUCUGCUCUUUAGGUUUCAUUGGCUAUCCCCAACCUGAGAACUGUCUACUGCGCCAAGCUGCUUUUGGUUUAGUAUUUGCUCUUUGUAUCUCUUGUAUUAUGGCAAAAACUAUGAUGGUGGUGCUUGCUUUCAUGGCCACCAGACCAGGCAGCAGCCUGAGGAGAUGGACCACACCUCAAGUGUCCUACACAAUAAUUUUUACCUGUUUUCUAUUACAGUUCCUCUUGUGUGUCACUUGGCUCUCACUCACCCCUCCUUUCCCACAAUAUAACACUCAAACUAAACCUGGACUCAUCAUUAUUGAGUGUAAUGAGGGCUCUCCCAUUGCCUUCUGGACUAUGCUGGGUUAUCUGUUUCUUCUGGCCACCAUUAGUUUCAUUGUUGCCUUCCUGGCUCGGAGACUCCCUGACAGCUUCAAUGAGGCCCAGUUUAUUACCUUCAGCAUGCUGGCCUUCCUCAGUGUCUGGGUGUCCUUUAUCCCGGCCUCCCUCAGUUCUCAGGGUAAAUACACGGUGGCCAUGGUAAUAUUUGCAAUCCUGGCUUCCAGUUGGGCUCUGGUGAUCUGUAUGUUCCUGCCUAAAUGUUUCAUUAUAGUGUUUAGACCUGACAUGAACACCAGAGAACAUCUCAUGAGGACAGGCACAGUUCAGUCUAAGAGCAAGAUAUAG